AUGGAAUCGGCCUAUCCACAAGAGUACCUUCCCCUCUAUCAUCACAACUACGCGUCAAUUCGUGACUUUGACGAAGUCGACAGAGACUGUUCAAACGCCGGCGCCUACACCAACGGCAACGUGACAGACUCCCACAACGUCUCCGACGCGUCGUUUGAAAUUGAGCACCAAAUGAAGCUCGAAUUGCCCUCUGACAGCGUCACCGUCUUCAAAAAACUGCGCAUCAAUCUCAACUCAAUGCAAGUAGACAUAUUCGAUGGGAGAUUCAGUGACACGUGGGGAAAGCAAUUCGUUCCCUAUGCAUCCGCGAGAUCUUGCUCAACGGGCACCUGUCGUCUGGGAAAGUUUUUGAUAAACCUUGAGGGCACUGGGUUUGCGGUGUCAAGAGAAACCGUGUGGCGCGCUUCUCGAUCUCAGGCAUUUGGUCACGUGACACGAAUUGGGGAUUCGAAAAUCGUCGUUGGCUCCUGUGGAGGUGAAUGUGGUGGAUGCUGGCCGGAUCCCCAUUUAAAAUUGGAACCUGCUGAUAAGCCCCAUCGGUGA